UAUUUGGUACAUCCCAUUUGCUGACCUGUACACACACAAGAUGGCAGCUUCGUUGGAAGAAGAAUUUGAAGAUGCGCCCGAUGUGGAGCCUUUAGAACCAACAUUGAAAAACAUUAUAGAGCAGAAAUCUCUGAAAUGGAUAUUUGUUGGAGGCAAAGGUGGCGUUGGCAAAACAACAUGCAGCUGCAGUCUGGCUGUACAGCUGGCUGCGGUGCGUGACAGCGUGCUCAUCAUCUCCACUGACCCGGCACACAACAUCUCAGAUGCCUUUGACCAGAAGUUCUCAAAGGUGCCCACAAAAGUCCAGGGCUACGAGAACCUCUUCGCUAUGGAGAUUGAUCCCAGCCUGGGUGUGGCGGAGCUCCCAGAUGAGUUCUUUGAAGAGGAUAACAUGCUGAGUAUGGGCAAGAAGAUGAUGCAGGAGGCCAUGAGUGCCUUCCCCGGCAUCGACGAGGCCAUGAGCUACGCAGAAGUCAUGAGGUUAGUGAAAGGCAUGAACUUCUCUGUUGUGGUGUUCGACACUGCCCCCACUGGCCACACGCUACGUCUGCUCAACUUCCCCACCAUAGUGGAGAGAGGCCUGGGACGACUCAUGCAGAUCAAGAACCAGAUCAGUCCCUUCAUCUCACAGAUGUGUAACAUGCUGGGUCUGGGAGACAUGAACGCAGACCAGCUGGCCUCUAAGCUGGAGGAGACUCUACCAGUCAUCCGCUCUGUCAGUGAGCAGUUCAAAGACCCUGAACAAACAACGUUUAUCUGUGUGUGCAUCGCCGAGUUCCUGUCCUUGUACGAGACGGAGCGCCUGAUCCAGGAGCUGGCCAAGUGUCGCAUCGACACGCACAACAUUAUCGUCAACCAGCUGGUGUUCCCGGACUCAGACCGGCCAUGCAAGAUGUGCGAGGCCCGCCACAAGAUCCAGUCCAAGUACCUGGACCAGAUGGAGGAUCUAUAUGAAGAUUUCCACAUAAUCAAGUUACCGCUGCUGCCCCACGAGGUACGGGGGUCCGAAAAAGUCAACACCUUCUCAAUGCAACUCCUGGAGCCCUACAUCCCCCCUACCAAGUGAUUGACCUCUGACUCCCAGUCGCAAUCUGAACUCACCAUCUCCGUCCCCCUUGACCCCAGCGUUACAGCAACCCAGCAAGAACAUCCCCAUCCUCUUCAUCUUCAGGAACCUAAACGACUCACACAGGGGGCGGACAACACAGAACACCAGGACACACAACCACUUGCUCCUGUUGUAGGCCUACAGUCUAAAAGCGAAAGGAGGAUCCAUAUGUGAUUUCUCUCACUUUUCUCUAUCAUUCUAUCAAUCAUAUCUCACCAGGGAAAAGAUGAACUAUUCCUAAAGAAUUUAACUUUUCCCAGAGGAACACUUGAGCCCCCUCCCCCCUCCUCUUCCUGCCUCCCUCCAUCCUAUUUUUCCUUUCAUAUUCCAGCCUCAGUAAUGUACAAGUGAAACUAUCCUUAAUGGCUGAGUUUGGUGUCUGGUGCCACUGCUGUGUUUUUCAGUAUAAAACAGCUUUGAGACGAUCGACUGCAUCUUUGGUUGUUACCAUGUGAUUUAAUUAGACUGUAUCUGUUUGGUUUGCAUCUGAAAUGGCACCCUAUUCCCUGUAUAGUGCAUUAUUGCCACACAUUUUGACCAGGGCCCUGGUCAAAAGUAGUGCACUAUAUAUAGGGAAUAGGGUGCCAUUUUGGAUGCACAUUCUGACUACUUAAUGCCCUCCAUUGUGGGAAUGGAGAAUAAUAUGAGUGGUGGGAAAGUUUAGUCUGUUAUGGAUGAAGGUGGGUGUGUGAUGCAGGGUGAAGACUUAUAACCCCAGGGUGAAUAGUCACUAUGAAUUGGGAUAUAGGCCUAGAGGGAAGGGUUUUCAGAUCAUGUUAUAUUUCUGUCCCACCAAUCCCAUCAGUCCACUGACCAGCCUUAGAAGGGCAUUUGAAUACUUGAGUAAUAAUAGCAUGGACAUACUUAACUACAUUAUUUGACAAAUGUUGUUCUCACGCACCACGUGUUUAUGGUGUAAAUAGCAUGUCCCCACCUACAUUUAGUUCAGUUCUUGGAUAAAGAAAUUAUAUUUAUUGAUCGCUGAGCAGUGUCAUUCAUCUAUAAUCUACAGUAUCAGAUGGCUACUUGUAAUUAUUUUAUGCCAAUUUCAUUGUUUUCCCUACUCUAGGAGGCCACUGAAGCAGUCUUUGUCUAAAGCUUUUAAAGUGCUACUUCUCUCUCUAGCCUGGUUGAACCAGACUGAAUGCUGCACUCACCAUUGAGUACAGUGUUCAGUCUGGGUAGAGGGGACUUAGAUUUGUUUAACCAGACUAUCUUUCUUCCUGGUCAAAAGUAGUGCAUUAUAUAGGGAAUGGUGUGCUGUUUCAGACACACCCUGUCUGUUGUGUAGAGGGCUCUCUUCGGGUACACAGCGUGAUGCUAGUUGGCUACUUGGCUUAAUGAAUGCCUUUGCAUUAUAAUAUACAAUUGAUUACUGAAUGUUGAUUGGUCCCCUGUUGAAAGGUUGGUUCAUUAUUUAGCUCCUAUUUAGACAUCAUUCAGUGUGGGAUUUUUGUGUUGCCUGCAUUUUUGCAUUAGUGCACAAUUGGCACAGCUUCUUUGUGAUCCACAGGCAAAAUGUCCCACUAGCUGUCAAUUUGACUUGUCAUCAAGAUAUUCAAACACCUAAAGUGGUCAUUAUACUACCAACUACAGCCCCAUUAUCUCUGCAGCAGCAACACAAGUCUUGAAAGGGUUCUUUUUGAUUUGAUUUUGUCCAUGCAAUGUUAUUAAUGCUUCAAGUUAUGCAUAUCCCUCCCAGGCAAUUGUUAAACUUACUAAAUAAAAAACAAACAUGUCUAAUUCGCAGGGA